AUGGCACAGGCACCGGAUCAGGCUAUCCAGCGGAUACGAGAGUAUGCCCAGGAGGCACGUAAUCUGCACGACGACGCUGUCGAUUUCGACGCGUCUGACACGGAAACUCGCCUGGCACAGACGGUGAAGGAGCUGCAGGCACGCGUACAGGAACAACAGGCAGCGCUGGACCAGUUGCGGUCUCAAUCCAAUCUUGACAUAGACAGCAUAGCCUAUGCAUCAGAAGAUCCUCAUGAGAAGUUGCAACAACUCAUGGCAGUCAAAGAUGCAUAUAAACGCUUGAAGCCGACUGCGACAUAUCUGCCUCCUCAAGGAUCACUUCUGCCAGCGCUGUUAGCCGCCCGUAGCAUCCAGCAGAACGUACGGGGAACCAAGGAAGCCAUUGCCAGCACGCAGUCCCAGUUACUUGCAAAAGAGACAGCUCUCCGUCGCGAAGAAGCUAAUCUGCACGAUGCCAACCGCCUCACGCAGGCCAUGGAAGAUCGUAUCCAGCGGCUACGCUCCCAGCACCAAGACCGCUCGCAAAAGACGCCUGCCCAGCUUGCACGUGAACUGAUUGCUGCCAAACGCGCGCAGAAAGAGCAUUCCGACGCGGAAAUGCAGCGUCUAGGUGAAGCGAUGAAUGACUUCAUCAAUGACUACCUCUCUACCAUGCUCGCAGCUGAAGAACUGGGCGGGCCCGUCGUAGGCGACAUGCUUGACGUAGACGACGACACCCUAGCCGCGGGCUUCACCAAAAAAGGGCGAGCAAAAUCCUCCAAGAAGCCUCCAUCAGACAAGACUCGACAGCGCCGAAUCGACCAGAUCUGGGGGCCCACCAAGCCGGCUGCCGAUCAAGAUGACGAUGACCACGAGGAAGAGCCACCGCCCACCGAGGCGGAAGCAGCUGACGCGGAAAUGCGGAAACUAAUAGGCGAUCUCUUUGUUACGCUCAUGGGUCCGGGGGCAGGCAAAGCCUAUGUUCAGCUCCAGAGAGAUUCCGCGGCCUCCCGGUUCCUGGUCCGAGCAAAGAUUGCCCAGUUCCAUCCCAAAGAUGCAAACAAGUUGCGUUUGAUAGAUUUUGGACGGGAACUAGAUGAUUGA